AAUCUAUUCAUAUAUAUUUAAAAUAGAAUCUCAUUAACUCGCGUUAAGCUAACAAAAAAAAAAAUCUCAAAACGAAUGGUUAGGUGUCAUGAGUGUCACCAGACACUAGAAUAAUAUCUAAUAGACUUAGACUGCUAGUUAGGAAGGGAUUAAGAGUGUAAAACAUUGACUCAACCCAAAUGCUUAGAAAUAAAUAGUGUUUAUAAACUUAGUGAACGCAAAUGGCCGUCUACUUUGAUCAUUGCUUAGACACAUAUGGAGCAAGUAUCAACACAGAUAUAGGAUGGUUGAAGAACAAUUCUUCUCUGCUGGCUGUGCUAUCCUAUGGUGAAGAUAGUGGUGGGAGUGUUCUGCUUUUUAAUGAAGAGGGUGAAAGAGUUCCACAUAAGUCAAUAAACAGCCAAGGCCAUGCUAAAUGUCAUGCCUGGCAUCCUUCACGUAAAAUUCUAGCAGUGGGUUGGGAAACAGGGGAGAUCUCAGUAUGGAAUGAUCAAGACAAAGAACUCAUUGAAGCUCCACAUCUUCAUCAUGCCGAAGUUGCUUGUAUCGCUUGGAGCUCUAAUGGAACAAGACUAAUCUCAGCUGACAGUUCUGGUGCAUUGAUUGGCUGGAAAUGUGACAGUAAAGGUCAUUUGGGUCAAGAUCCAUUUCAACAUCAUCUUCAAGAACCCAUCACUGAAAUCAUUUUGAAGCCACCUCCUCCUGGUGAUCCAUCAAUGGACAUAAACAGUUUAGCCAGGGCAGCAGUAAGUGGAGACGAGUCCGCCUUGGAUAUGUUCAAUUGGAAAAGGGGAGGUAAAAACAAAGCACCAACACCAUUUGGACCACAGGAAUCUUUAUCUUUCUUCAUAGGAGGAGCCAGUGGUGGCCUCUAUUUCCUGAAUGAUCAGGGCAAGUGCAUUCAAUGUUUCUCAGUGGACACUCCUGUCAGGAAGCUCUUGUACUAUGAGGAAAAAAACAUGCUUUUGACAAUAACAAAUAACUUAAUACUAACACAACACAUUGUGUUUGCUGAGGGGGAGACCAAGGAGAUCAUGAAGGUUAAGCUGAGUGGAAGAACAGAAAAUCCUUUGUUUAUCUGGGCAGGAAAGGGAGUUUUGGCUACAGUCACAGGGGAAACAGUUAUAAGGAUGUGGGAUAUGGAACAAGAUGACAAUUACAUUCUAAGUCUUGAAGGAAACUCCAGCUUUGAUGUGAAUGAGAUCAUCGUUUGCUUGGCCUACAACAAAGAAACUGGCAUACUAGCGGGGGGCACCAAUCUGGGCAGUAUAGCCUUUUGGAAGUUUUCUCAACACCUCCAAAAUUCUAAAGUGGAUGGCAGUGAAAAAUGGACCUUGCAGUCUCCUGCAACUGUGGAAGGGGCCAUCAGAAAAAUUGAAUGGAGCAGCACUAAAGGUUUGCUUGCAGUCAACACAAUAGCAAACGUUUACAUUAUGAGUGAGAAAGUCAUGAGCUUCAGCUACAGAGAUCAGAAUGCAGUAGUACAGUUUGGACCCAACUCUAUAAGUAUUGAGAUAUUCAGUUCAAGUUUACACCAUGAAAUAAAAACUGAGAUUCAAGUCAAAGGCAUUUAUUCUACAAAGGAUACAUUGGCAGUUUGGAAUGGGAAGAAAGUGAUUAUCUAUGAGUUUACUUCUGAUAAAUCAUCUUUGAAAACUGCAGGCUCCUUUGCAACAGAAUCCAUGAUCAUAGUUCUUUAUGAACAAAAUGUUUAUAGUAUUGAACAAAAUAAAGUUCAAGUCAGGACGUUUCAGGGAACUGUGAAACAACUUCUAACAUUUGCAGAACCUGAAGGACAUCCUGUAAGCUUAGAUGUCUGUGGCAGUUUCCUGUUGGUAGCAACGGAUGUUGGUGUUCUGCGAGUCUAUGAUCUCUCAAGGAGGGAGGCUAAAUCUCACAGUAACCCCAAGAAUCUUCAGGACAUCAUUCCAGGUUUCGGUUCAAUCAUAAAUGCUAAAAUCAACUGUGCUGGGAAUCGUGUCAGCAUUCAAGUUAUGCAAUCCAAUGGUAGCCUGGAUCACAAACUGUACUUUUGGGAUGUAGAGUUGGAUACUGUGCAGUACUUUAACUUUGAGACAGGUCGUGGAGAACAAGAUGACUACCCAUCUUCUGUGACUACACAAGAGAAUGAGAAUGACUCCAAUGAUGCAGAGAGGGGCAAGAACCAGGCAGCCAAAGACAUAGCAGGCCGUUAUCCCAACUCCAUGUAUUGGGACAUAACAGAGCCUAAGCUAUUUGUCUGUGAGGCUUUGAUCUUGUCUAAUACAGUCGAUAGCAGUGACAUGAAGAAACCUUCACUGACUAAAAUUGUUGAACAAGGACCCGCAGAGGUCAUGGUGAUUUCUUUAUUCUGUACUUCUGAAAAUGGUAUUUUGAUCCAAGACAAUUUUCCAAUGCCUUCUUACUUCCAGCGUAUGAUGGGAGUUGAGGUUCCUUAUUACUACUUCACCCUAAAGGGGGAGGCAAAACAUAAUGACCUCAGUUCUUAUGGUGGUCAAGUGAACCCAGAGACAGGGGCAGUAACCUAUCCCAGGAGAGUAGCCAGAAAAAUAAUGCAUGACUUUGUAGGUCUUGAAAACAGCGACAAGGCAACCAGAGAUGCCAUGAUGAACUUCAGCUUCUACUUAUGUAUUGGCAACAUGGAUGAAGCAUUUAAGGCUAUCAAACUAAUUAAAAGUGAAUCUGUCUGGGAGAACAUGGCUAAAAUGUGUGUGAAAAGUCGACGGCUGGAUGUGGCCAGUGUGUGCCUGGGAAAUAUGGGCCAUGCUAGAGGGGCCAAGGCUCUAAGAGAAGCCAUUGCUAGAGAACCUGAACUUGAUGCCAAAGUAGCAGUUUUAGCCAUUCAAUUAGGACUAUAUGAAGAUGCAGAAAGAUUGCUUAAAAACUGCAAACGUUAUGAUCUGUUAAAUGAGUUUUAUCAAAAUAGAGGCGAAUGGCAAAAGGCUCUAGAAACUGCAGAAAUGUAUGAUCGCAUACAUUUGAGAACAACAUUUUACAACUAUGCCAGAUAUUUAGAGGAGCAAGGAGAUUUCCAAGCAGCUAUUCCAAACUAUGAAAAGUCUGAAACAUACAAGUUUGAAAUUCCUCGAAUGUUGCUGGAUGAUACUGACCAAUUAGAGUUGUACAUAAGCAAAAGUCAGGAUAAAACAUUGAAUCGUUGGUGGGCCCAGUAUAUGGAAAGUGUGGGGGACAUGGAGACAGCUAUACAGUACUAUGAGAAGGCUGAAGACAAUUUCUCAUUGGUCAGAGUGUACAGUUUUUGUGAUAAAAUUGACAAGGCAGCAGAAAUCUGUGAUACAACCAAAGACUUGGCUGCAUGUUAUUAUUUAGCCAGGCAAUAUGAAAAUCAGGGUCAAAUCAAGGAAGCCAUUGCCUUUUUUCAAAAGGCCAAAGCAUAUGGCAGUGCAAUACGGUUAUGUAAGGAACAUGGCUAUGAAGAUCAAUUGCUGAAUUCAGCACUUGUUGGUAGGCCUGAAGAUAUCAUGGAAGCAGCCAGAUACUAUGAAACUAAGCCAGGUCAAGAGAGUAAAGCAGUCAUGCUGUAUCAUAAGGCUGGCAAUUACUCUAAAGCUCUUGAGUUGGCAUUCACUACUAGACAGUUUGACUCACUCCAACAGAUGUCCAGUGAAUUGGAUGACAGAGCUGACCCAGAAAUAUUACAAAAAUGUGCAGAAUUCUUCUUGGAAAAUGGCCAGUUUGAUAAAGCUGUAGACAUGUUAGCCAUUGGGAAAAAAUACUGGGAGGCCAUUAAAAUCUGCAUGGAUCAAACUGUAGAAAUAACUGAAGAUUUGGCUGAAAAGCUGACUCCCGACAAAGAUUUUGAUAAUGCAGCACGCCUGAAGUUGUUGGAGGCCAUUGCUGAAGUGUGUAUGCAUCAAGGGGCUUAUCACCUUGCUACUAAAAAAUUUACUCAAGCUGGAAACAAAAUCAAGGCUAUGAAAGCACUUCUAAAGUCUGGUGACACAGAGAAGAUAGUGUUCUUUGCUGGAGUCUCUAGGCAAAAAGAAAUCUAUGUCAUGGCAGCAAACUACCUCCAGUCAUUGGACUGGAGAAAAGAACCAGAAAUUAUGAAAAAUAUUAUUGCCUUUUAUAACAAAGGAAGAGCCCUGGAUGCCUUGGCUUCUUUCUAUGAUGCUUGUGCUCAGGUGGAGAUUGACGAGUACCAGAACUAUGACAAAGCUUUAGGAGCUCUGGGCGAGGCCUACAAGUGUUUGACAAAAGCUAAAAUGGAUGAUAGCAUGCAGCAGGAGGAAAAAUUGGAGACCCUUAAACACAAAAUGACUCUCAUUAAAAGAUUCUCAACUGCAAGGAGGUCAUAUCAAGAGAACCCAGAAGAAGCAAUCAAACAGUGCCAGGUGUUGCUUGAAGAAAAAGAUUUAGACUCUGCUGUCAGGAUUGGGGACAUUUAUGGCUUCAUCAUUGAACAUUUUGCUUCUAAGGAAAGAUGGAAAGCAGCGCACACAUACCUGGAAGAACUUCAACGUCGUCUGCCUGGGAUUCACUUGGGUUUUUAUGUCAGUAUGAAAACAAUUGAAGCCAUUCACAGUGCUUUAGCUUUACCCAUGGACCGCAGUUUAAAAUCAGAUCGCUUAAAUGGUUUCCGAGUGGGAGGGGGAGACCAUGAUGAAGAUCUUUCUGAGUUUGUAGAAGAAGAAAUAAUAGAUGACUCAUACAGUGCAGGAGACAAAAUAUGAUCAGUAAGGAUUUGUUUCUGUCUAAUCAUUGCAGAUGUUUGUUUUUUUAUAUUUCAUUGAGUGUACAUAAACUCAAACAGACAAUAUGUUUUAGAUUUUAACAAGAAAUAUUGAAUCAUCACAAUACUAAAUAAAUUCCAAAGUCCUCUACAUUUGAAGUCUUUCCUGUUCAUGUCAAUUUUUGUUAGUUUUGUUGUUUUUUUUUUCGUUUGAACUGUAUUCUUAGUUUCUUUUUAUAAGAUACUUUCAUACAGAUGCACACUCACACAGAUACAUGGUAAUGUCACGAAUUGAAGUGUUCAAUGAAGUCAACAAAACGCACUUUUUUCUCUAAACCUUUGUUGUAUACAUUUUUUUGUUUCUCCUAGUUCAGAAUAAGAGAAAACUUUUUUUUUUGUUUACUUCAGACAAAAGAUAACUCUAUUUAUAUAAUAUGACAUCAUAAUCUAACAUAAAAUAAUGCUUAUGAAAUUGUUUUAAAUGUCAAAUAUAACCAUUUUUUAUGUAAAUGAAACAUAUUUCAUAUAAACUUCUCAAAUAGUAAGCAUCUAUAAAUUCUUAUUUUAUUUAAGACAUACUUACAUUUAGCAAUAGGAUGCUGAUUCUGUUUGGUUGUCUAAGUAUUUGAUGUUCAUUAUUUUCUUUAGUCACAUUCAACUCAUAUGUCAUAAAUUACAUUUUUAAAAAAAAAGACAAUAAUCUUUUAUAAAUGUUUGUUGUAUGUUGUAAAUUCAAAUUGUGUUUAUUAUUUUUUUAAGAGAGGAAAAAGAGGGCUUAUUUUAAGUCUACAUUUCAAAUUAUUAUAAUUCAUUGUGCUGUCAUGUACACAGUUCAGUGGUUGGUAACAUUAAAACAAUAGUAUUAAUUGAUAUGUUUAUAGAAAUGCAGAAGAUGUGACACUUUCUUCUUCACAGAAAAUGUCAGUAAAAAUGAUUCAAUUCUUGCAUAAUUCUUCAGAAGACUUCUGUUUAUCUUCAUAUAAAAAUCUUCAGGAGACUUGUUUAUCUUCAUACAAAACACUUCAAAAGACUUCUGUUUAACUGUUUCUACAAUGUUAUUACUAUUUUACAGAUAGAUACAAAAACUUAAUGACUUUGUAUACAUCUGUAGUUAACAUCAUAAAACUUUAUUAGUGCAAACUAAAAUAAAAGAAUGAACAAAAGAAGCAAAA